UCGCACACGUCACAUCCGGGGCAGAUGUCUGUCAUGUUUUGCCUCUGAUACCUCAGUGUAGUUUAAAUUUCAGCCCACACCAGUUCUCUUCUGUUCGUUUCUCGCCGUCAUGUCUCGGGGGUCGACUGCAGGGUUUGACCGCCACAUCACCAUCUUCUCCCAGGAGGGAAGACUCUACCAAGUCGAGUAUGCCUUCAAAGCCAUCAACCAGGGAGGACUGACCUCUGUCGCAGUCCGAGGGAAGGACUGUGUUGUGAUCGUCACUCAGAAGAAAGUCCCUGACAAGCUGUUGGAUGCUUUGACCGUCACACACCUGUUCAAAAUCACGGAGAACAUUGGCUGCGUUAUGACCGGCAUGACUGCCGACAGCAGGUCUCAGGUACAGAGGGCCCGCUACGAGGCAGCUAACUGGAUGUAUAAGUACGGCUACGAGAUCCCCGUGGACAUGUUGUGUAAACGCAUGGCUGACAUCUGCCAGGUCUACACCCAGAAUGCUGAGAUGAGGCCGCUGGGAUGCUGUAUGAUCGUGGUCGGACUGGAUGAAGAGUUGGGUCCACAACUGUACAAGUGUGAUCCAGCCGGUUACUACUGUGGCUUUAAGGCCACAGCCGCUGGGGUCAAACAGACGGAGGCCACGAGCUUCCUGGAGAAGAAAGUCAAGAAGAAGCUGGAUUGGACCUAUGAGCAAACUAUAGAGACGGCCAUCUCAUGUUUGUCAACCGUUCUGGCCAUCGACUUCAAGCCCUCAGAGCUGGAGGUGGGAGUUGUCACUACAAAGGAAGCCAGAUUCAAGAUUCUGUCAGAGGCUGAUAUUGAUAUUCACCUGAUGGCUUUGGCUGAGAGAGAGUGAGGAAAGUUGGCAGCCAUCCUGCGGCCGUCGUCGUUUUUUGCAAACCGAAAAGGACGAUGAUCGUUUAAACCCCCGAAAAACUCCACCUCCCCUCACACAAAGGUCUCAUCUAGACGGAAGAUGAAGGAGGAGCAGGUUUCAUCUUGUUCAGAAGAGCUGCACAAAACAUAGUGAGGUUGAGACAAAACGAUACAGAACAGUUUGAUGGCACUUACCUCUCCUCCAUCCUCCCUGGUUGUAGCCAGGACCUGACUGGACACAAGAUCCUCCACACAUCGACCCCUACUGCGUCCUUCUAGCCACAUUGAGACAUCACAACUGUCUGGAGAGAAGCUGGACACUGACAUCAGUCCACCAUGUAUGACGCAGCCUGUCACACACGGCGUACUCUCUGGGAUACAGCUCAGCCUCAAAAAAGGCUGCAGUUGUUGCGUGUGACGUAAGCAUAUGGGCAGAUGGGGGUGCGGUAACGCAACAGCUAAUGGCACAAUAACCUCCAAGUAUGUACCCAGUGGUCCAGGAGCACCUUUAGUCACUGUAUUUGAGAAUGGUGCUUCCUAACCAUCUUUACUCAGGGCUGCCACAUACUUGUACAUAAUCUGUCUCAUUUUCUUCUUUAGCCUCAACUCUCCAACGUCUCUGGCUCCAGGAUGAAUUUGUUUCAUGCUCUGCUGUACUUUGUGAGAACCCAGGGGUCAACUGUGGUCUACUCAGGUCAAUGUCAAUGUCAAUGUCAAUGGGGGAAGUCACUAAUUGUUUCUUUCUCUUCCUUGUGUCUCGUUUCUCCUCCCCCCUUUGCCGCCCAUGUUGUACAAUACCGCGCUUCUAUUAAACUGUUUUUAUUCAA